GGCAUGUUGUCUCUUGGUGAGCUGAGCUGAGAGAAUCCUGUAUUGGAGUGUUCCGAUUGGUUGUUUGCAAUAUAUACGUGAUGUACGAGGUGAAACUGGCAACGGAUUCACCGGCGGGACCGGAAGUGCGGGGCAGAUACUGGUGAUAAUCAAGGGAUUAUUAUGGAUGGCGCAAGUUAAGGAUAGAUGGAGUACACGUUAUUGAGCAAAUCAAUACUGAUAGUAGCAAUUUGGCAGUUGAACUUCUCCCUGGCCAGUGUUCAGGCAAGUGACGAAACCAAGAGUGGCUGGCUGGCUGGCGUGGUCCGGUCGGAAAGGCGGAAAAACCACGGGGAGAAAGACGAGCCUGAGGACGGAAAAGGGAAACCAAAAACACCCAAAAACACAACCUUAAUCCAACAUCAACAACCACCCUGAACCAUGACCAAACGCGUGUCGAUCCUCUGCUUCGGCAACUCCCUGACAGCGGGGUACUACCAGUUCGGUCUGGACUACCAUCCUUACGCAUGGAAGCUCGAAUCCCGGUUAAAGGCUGCUUUUCCAUCACACACCUUCCUGGUGAAUGCCGAGGGGUUGCCGGGUGAUCUGGCUAUCGGGCCUCCAGGGCGUUUCUUGCCCCGCAUCCAGGAAAAGUGUGGCGAGCGACACUAUGACUGGGUGAUCGUCCUAGGCGGCACAAACGACUUGGGAUACGGUUACGCACCCGAACGCAUCUACCCCGCGCUGCAGGACGCCUGGAACGUAGCUCUCACCGGUGGGUCGAAAGUGCUAGCACUGACGAUACCGGAAUGCGCCGCCAAGAACGCAGCGCUGGAUUCGAAGCGCGCGGAUCUGAACGCGCGCAUCUUGGCCCAUGAGGCGGAGCGAUUCCACGCGUUUGACCUCCACGCCAAGAUCCCGUACCAUGCAUCCUCCGAGGAAUUCAAAGAGAAGAUGUGGGAUGAUGGGUUGCAUUUGACGCCCCAUGGGUACGACCUUGUGGGGAAUGAGGUGGCGGAUCACUUGAUAGAGCUGAUUCAGUCGAGUGGUGGGUUAGAGGCUUAGAUCGGGCCAUGAGAUCUGCUUGGUUUGCAUAUGCCUGGCUAUGUAGACAGCGUUUUUAUAGUUUCUGUUGCCGAUGCAGUCUUCUGUCUCUCCGUCUUUGUUUCCCCGUUGAUUGUUGCGUCUUCAUCUUGCACUCACUUGGUAUGGAUAAUAGCGUCCUUGCAUACAGCAUACUGAUAUUCUAGUCUAGCGAACGUCAG